AUGGGGAUUCGAGCAGCCGCGUGCUCUCUGUUGUUUGCUGCUCGCGCCUCAACUGCUUGCGCUUUCCGGAUCCAAGCAGCGGCGCGGCCGUGCCCUCUCGGAUUCCCAGCAGCAGCAUCCCGCAGAGGAUACAAGAGCACAACAACGGCAAUGUCGGCUCCAGGGGGCAACGAGCUCGUCAUGGACGCCUUCGCGAUGCGACAAUUUACUGACGAGAGCUACACAGGGACCAAGGUGGCCUACGACCCACAGGAGUUCGAGGAUAAGGUGAACGAAAUUUUCAGGGCCGCUGGAGGGAAGCUGGAGGAAGGAUACGCCCCGUUCUGCAAGCACGUGUUCGUUCCUAACUUUGCGGGCGUUAAGACGAGCACGGUCAAGAUCACACCGGAGAACGAAAAGCUGUUGGUCGCUGGAUACGAGGCCCGAACAGCGAAGGAACUACCGAUUCUGUCGCGAUGGUUCGAGUCCGGCACGGUGGAAACGCCAGAGGCGAAAUUCCUCGACAUCAUCUUGUACAGCCGAGAACAGAUCCGUAAGGAAACCGCUGCGAUGGGGAAGGAGAAGGAAGACUCGGAGGCCCCGUGGGGGAUAAUCUCGGUCAAGUCGCAGGACGUGGACCACGAGAUCCCGAUGCAGCCCAUCACCAUGAUGCGCAACGCGCUUGGGAAGGAAGAGGGGGGGUCUGGAGUGCCUUUGGAGCGGGAGAAAUACAUGCAGAGUGUUGAAUUUUGGAGGGAUCACGCCCCUGUAAAAUAGCUUAUUACGGGGCUUUCGUAUACUUAUAACUGCUGAGCGAGCGUGGCUGUUGGAGGAGUUCUUGGAGGAGGCCCCACCACUUAACAUUGGAACCUCUUACCUUUGCCUUAAGGCUCGUUUCUUGCUUCCUCCUUGGGAAAACUCAACAGCGAUGAUAUUGGUAUUGGUAUGGGACUGUUACCUACUGUAGUUCCUCCGUGAGGUGCCCAAACAGUGAUUUUUGUUCCUGUACUGCAUGCAUACAGUAGGAUUCUCAACUGAGUACCUACUCUUCUUAUGGCCAAUUGAGCCUG